AUGGAACUUAUUUCAAAAAUGAAAGAUAGUAAAGAAAGGAAUAAACCUGUAAUAGAUAAUUACGAAAUCUUUAAAGAAUCAUAUUUAGAUGUGUUAAAUAAAAAAAAAGUAUUAUAUAAAUAUGUUUUUCUUUUCAAUAAUUAUAAAUUCAAAUUUAAAAUUGUAUCUACUUAUUAUGAAUACUUAAUUAUAUGCAAUAGCAUGUUAAGAGAUGUUACAACAUGCAAUUUAUUUUUUGGCCCCUUAAUAUUCUUUGAAAUGUUAGGAAAAUCUUUCUAUUAUCCUUAUAUAUUAUAUAUAUAUGAUAAUGAUAAUCCUUAUACUUUUCAAUCAAUCGAUUUUAAUAAAAUGAAAUUUGAAAAAUCGUCUAUUAUGGAUAUCGACAAUAUAAUAAGAAAAGGCAAAGAAAAAAAUAAGAGAUAUAUGAAAAAAAGUAUCAAAAAUUUUAAUGAUAGCCAAAAAAUAAUAUUGAAUGAAAACGAUUUGUGUACCCAAUUAAAAAAUUAUAAUUUGGAAAAUAAAAAUAUUGUAGGUUAUACAGAAAUAUAUUUACUAUUUCAUAUGGCCAGAUGUUUUGAUUCAAGAAUUGAAAGACUCGUAGUACAUAAGGAAUAUCGAAAUAAAUCUUUUGGUAUGCUAAUUAUGUAUAUAUGUAUAUAUGUACUAAAAUAUUUAUACCAAUGUAAUAGAUGUGAUUUAAAUGUAGAGAAUGAUAUAGCUUUGAAAAUUUACAAAAAAUUGAAAUUUUUAAAUGUUCAAACUCAAGUAUACAGGUUGCAUUUACACUGCAAUUAUAAUUUUCUACCAAAAAAUGCUUCUAUAGAAAACGACAGGGAGAAUAUACAGAUAUUUAUGGAAAACAUAAUACAAUAA